GCUGAGAAGUUAAAAGAGGAAGCGAAGUUUCUCUUUGCGGAAGCAGCAGACGACCUGGUGGCUAAGCUGGAGCUGAUUGACAGCGUGAGGAAGCUAGGGUUAGACAGCUUCUUUGCGGAUGACAUCAAAGAAGGUCUCGAUGCACUGUCCAUAUCCAUCGGAGAUUCAAGUUUCCACAUGAUCGUGAAACGGAACCUCCAUUUCUGCGCACUGUCCUUCAGGCUGCUUCGACAAUGCGGCUAUCGUGUCUCUCAAGGUACGUUUCACAUGUUCAUUGAGUUUAUGGACAAACCCUCGGGGACUUUCAUGGAAAGCAAGUGCUGUGGGGACGUAUUAGGGCUAGUGGAGCUAUUUGAGGCCUCACAUUUGGGAUUGAAGGACGAAGAUAUUAUGGAAGAAGCCAAUCGCUUCUCAACCAGAGUCCUGAAGAGCAGCUAUCCGAGGUUGUUGCUUCAUCGUAACAACGACCUGGCAGAACGUGUAGCCCACGCUCUGGAGCUACCGAUCCACUGGCGCGUGCGGUGGUUCGACGUGAAGUGGCAGAUCAAGGUCCACGAGAGAAGGAUGCAGAAGAUGAAGAAGAAGGUGGGCAGGGCAUUGAUUGACUUGGCUAAGGUCAACUUCAACGUGGUCCAAUCCGUACUCCAGAGGGAUCUGAAACAAAUCUCCAGGUGGUGGAAGGAUCUUGGUCUGAUUGAAAGGCUGGACUUCACGAGGGAUCGAGUCGUGGAGAGCUUUCUGUGUGCGGUGGGACUGGCGAUCGAGCCUGAGUUUAGCAGUUUCAGAAUACGCCUCACGAAAAUUAUACUGAUGAUACUAGUACUCGACGACGUUUAUGAUGUUUAUGGAUCCAUAGAAGAACUAAAACACUUCACAACUGCCAUUGACAAGUGGAAAAAUGCAAGGGAAGUGGACGAAUUGCCUGAGCCCAUGAAGUUGUGCUUCCAAGCCCUAACUGAUAUCACAGAAGAAAUUUCAGUGGAGAUCCAAAAUGAGAAAAGCUGGGAUGAUGAACACGUCCAGCCUCAUCUUCAAAGAGUGUGGGGAGAUUUCUGCAAAGCGAUGCUAGUGGAAGCAAAAUGGUGCCGCGACGGACGAACCCCGUCGCUAAAAGAGUAUCUUACCAACGGCAGCGUUUCAUCCUCCGGCACGGUCAUCUCCGUUCACUCCUUUUGCUCAGUGUCGUCGUCGUCGGAAAUGGAAAGCAGCUUCUUGGAGAAAAGUGAUCACCAUCUCAUUCACAACGUCUGCCUCAUAAUUCGCCUCUGCAACGAUGUUGGAACUUCCAAGGUGGAGCAAGAGAGAGGAGAGGCGGCAUCGUCGAUAGCUUGUUACAUGCGUGAAGCCGAUGCAACGGAGGAGGAAGCCAAGGAUUACGUCAAAGGAUUGAUAGCCAGAGCGUGGAAGAAAAUCAACGAGAAAUGCUUUGGGCCGCAGCCGCCGGCGACUCCCCGGCGAUUCGUGGAUAUAACCACCAACAUGGCGCGUGUGGCCCAUAAUCUGUACCAAGACGGCGACGGGUUUGGAGGGCAAGACCACAAACAUCAUCACAAGAAGCAGAUUCUGUCUCUCCUCGUUCACCCUCUCAGGAUUGAGUCCUGUUGACCGGUCAAAGUAAAAGAGAAAUAGUUGGUAGAACGUAACUCAAGGCAGCAAAUUUAAAUGUCGAUUCAAAGGAAAACGGAUUGCAGUAAUGAAAUGGGUAGACUGCAAACUAAAGUAUAGUCAGAGGCUGUGAUUCUUCAAAUUUAUGUUAUUAAUCUAGUUGCGUAUAGUAAUUUGAUGCAUUGAAUGUAGAUAAUAUGAUCGAAUAACAAUCCCAAGGAUCAUAAUAAUAUAACAAUAAUAGGUCCUCAAAUUGCAGCCUGGUAAAAUCCAGCUCCAAGAUCA